UUUUAAUUUUUUAGUUUAAAUUUUAUUAAUUAAAAAAUGCAAAAUAAAAACACAUUGUGAAUCAUGACGAAGGACACGUCAGAGCUGAUCUAGAACAAAGAAAAAAAAUUUAAAAAAAAAAAAGUUAAAAAGAACAGUAAAUAAGGAAAGGUGGGGAGGGCAAAAUGGUAAAAGGAAAUUCGCAUACGCGUCUCUAUGAGGCCCAUAUUCCAUCGCCAUUACCGACCUUUGAAUCCCUUAAAAUUCCAUUCUCUGAACCCCAAAUCUUCAUCCUCCAAACCCUCGUAUCCACCCGCUCUCUAGCUCAAGAAAAAUUUCAAUCAAUCCCCCCUCUUGAAAUCCUUGAUCUCCUCUAUUUCUCUCACUGGAAUUCGGAUUCUGAAUCGAGGAUAUGGCUCAGAAAACGGAGAAGGAAGAGACUGAGUUCAAAGUUCCAGAAACCCUCGCCCUAUGCGUUAACAACUGUGGAUUUACAGGCAAUCCGGCCACAAACAACAUGUGUCAGAAGUGCUUCAGCGCCUCCGCUUCGGCGGCGGCCGCGGCAGCUGCCGGAGCCUUGAAGAGUAGCCACAAGGUGUCCGGCGGAGCCGCAGACGCGAGAUCCAGCUCCGCGAGGUCCCCCGAGCGAAUGGACUCGCUGGCGGAGACCAGCCUGGAUCGGACGAAGGACGCUGCCUCAGCUGCGGCGGUGGAGGAGGUCGGGAAGGUGAAGCGGGAGGUGAAUCGGUGCUCUGGAUGCAGGAGGAAGGUCGGGCUCACCGGAUUCCGGUGCCGGUGCGGGGACCUGUUCUGCGCUGAGCAUCGGUACACGGAUCGGCACGAGUGCAGCUACGAUUACAAGACCGCCGGUCGCGAGGCUAUCGCGCGGGAAAAUCCGGUAGUGAAAGCUGCGAAGAUCGUGAGAGUCUGAAUAUAAUAGGGCAAAAAAAAAAAAAUCAAACCAAAAUUGUAAAAUUUAGAGGUCGAGGCUCUCGAUCUCGAUCUCUUCAUCUCUCGGAGAUUGUGCUCUCUAGAUCGACCUUGCGAGAGAGCGCGUUAGAGAGAUUUGUCGAAUCAUUUGCAGAUAUUAAGAUGAAAAAAGUCUCUCUGGUUUGUUCUUGUUGGAUCAA